AUGUCGAAGGUAAAAGAAAUUUUUGAGGAUGUAAUCAACACGGAUCACAAGGUGAUCACAGAGGAGCUGUCAAAGUCAAUCCUGCGCGAGUACGGCGUGAGCGUCCCGCCCUAUGCCCUUGUUACCUCUGCGGCAGAGGCCGCAAGGGCGGCCAAGGAGAUCGGCUUUCCCCUGGUGAUGAAGGUGGUCUCCCCGCAGAUCCUGCACAAGACCGAGGUCGGCGGAGUCAAGGUCGGCAUAGGCAAGAUACAGGACGUGAAGAAGACCUUCAACGACAUGUACGGCAGGCUCUCAAAACAAAAGGGCGUUGACGUCAAGGGAAUCCUUUUGGAGAAGAUGGUUCCCAAGGGCGUCGAGCUCAUCGUCGGACUGCAAAACGAUCCCCAGUUCGGCCCCGUAAUCAUGGUGGGCAUGGGCGGGAUCAUGACCGAAGUGAUGAAGGACGUGGCGUUUCGGAUGCUUCCGAUCACCGCCUCUGACGCCAAAUCGAUGCUAAACGAGCUGAAGGGCUCGGUACUUCUCAAGGGAUUCCGGGGAAGCGAGCCCAUCGACCUUGACAUGGCAGCAAAGAUGCUGGUCCGGAUAGGAAAGAUGGGCAUGCAGAAUGCAGAUUAUAUCAACAGCGUGGACUUUAACCCGGUGGUGGUCUAUCCGGGAUCCCACUUUGUGGUUGAUGCCAAGAUCAUACUGAACCCGGAGAUAAAGAAGAACUCCGUCUCCCGGGCAAAACCCAACGCAGACCACAUGGAAAAGUUCUUCACGCCAAGCUCGGUGGCGCUAGUCGGCGCGUCUACCACCAAGGGAAAGAUCGGAAACUCGAUACUGGACAGCCUGGCAAACUACGACUACAAGGGAAAGGUGUACCCGAUCAACCCAAAGGCCGACAAGAUAUUCGAUCUAAAGUGCUAUUCCUCGGUUACCGCCAUACCGGAUCCUGUGGAUCUGGUCGUGGUGUCAGUCGACCUCUCAGUGACCCCGCCCGUCCUUGAGGACUGCGCAAAGAAGGGGGUUCACAACGUGGUGGUGGUGUCCGGCGGCGGCAAGGAGCUCGGCGGCAAGAGGGCUGACUAUGAGGCACAGGUAAAGCGCCUCUCAGAGAAGCACAAUAUCCGGAUAAUCGGCCCAAACUGCAUCGGCAUGUUCAAUGCGGCAAACCGCCUUGACUGCGCGUUCCAGGGCCAGGAGAGAAUGAUCCGCUCCAGGCUGGGCCCUGUGGCCCUGCUCUCCCAGAGCGGCACGAUGGGAAUCAGCUUCCUCGAGACCGCAGACUCGUUUGGCCUGUCCAAGAUGGUCAGCUACGGCAACCGGUCUGACGUCGACGAGGCCGACAUGAUCUGGUACCUGGCAAGCGAUCCGCAGACCGAGGUGAUCGUCCUGUACGUGGAGGGGUUCGGCGACGGCCGCAAGUUCAUCAAUACGGCAAAGAGGGUGAUGCGGGAGAAGAACAAGCCCGUGGUCAUAUGGAAGAGCGGGAGGACGGCGCUGGGCGCAAAGCAGGCGGCAUCCCAUACGGGCUCCCUGGGCGGCUCAAACGCGAUAAUCAUGGGCGCAUUCAAGCAGGCGGGAAUCAUCUCCGUUGACAGCUACCAGGAACUGGCCGCAGUCGCAAAAGCCUUGGCAUGGCAGCCGCCGGCAAGGGGCAGCAGGGUGUCCAUGACCAGCAACGGCGCAGGCCCCAUGAUCGGCGCCAUGGAUCACUUUGACAGGCUGAACCUGAAGCUUGCCCGCGUGAGCGCAAAGUCCCUCAAGCGCAUGAAGGAUCACUUUCCGCCCACCUAUGUCCUAGGCAACGGAAACCCCGCUGACGUCACCGGCGGCGCCAGUGCAGACGACUACAGGUUUGUGAUCGAGACGUUCAUGGGCGACUCCGGCGUUGACGUCGUGAUGCCCUGGUUCGUGUUCCAGGACGAUCCGCUCGGGGAGGUCAUCAUAGACUAUUUGGCAGAGUUCUCCAACAGGAAGAAGCCGCUCCUGGUGGGCGCAAACGGGGGCCCAUACACCAACAAGGUCUCCAAGAUGAUCGAGGAGAGGGGGGUUCCGGUGUAUGACGACCUGAGGGACUGGGCCGCCGCGGCAUCAGCACUUGCCCAGUGGGGCAAGUUCUCAAAGUAG